CAUCCACUGUCAACGACGUUGUUGCUGCGUUACAUAUUUCGUGCUGUAUUACCUACUUGAACUUAGUCGAUUGCAUCAUAAAAGAACAUUUAACUAAGUUUGCUGUUUUAUUGGAGACUUUAAUUGCUUUCAAACUCGUAGCUUUAUACUCACGAACAUAUUUCGAUUGAACAUCACGCAGUAUUGUAUAGAUAGUUCAGUGAGAACAGAUCCAAUCGACAUGGUGUACGCGAUCGGCUUGUCACUGAUAGCCGGGGCCUGCGGCCUUUAUUAUUUCUUCUUCAAGAACCUGUAUCUGUUCAAGAAUUAUAACAUACCGUAUUUGAGACCUUGGCCAUUGGUGGGUACCAUGGGACAGUUGAUCUUCGGGAGAACCACGUUAAGUGAAUUCGUGAAAAUGACGUAUGACAAGUAUCCUGCAGCCAAGUAUAUUGGUAUAUACGACUUUCACAAGCCGUUGAUAAUGCUUCGCGAUCCUGAUCUCAUUAAGUCCAUCGCGAUCAAGUACUUUGACAUAUUCCCGGGUCGUCGCACCUCUGUCGAAUAUGACCAGGAUCCACUCGUGUCCCAGAACUUGUUCUUUCUAUAUGGCGACAAGUGGCGAAAGAUACGAGCAAUACUGUCUCCUUCUUUCACAUCUAGCAAGAUGAAAACCAUGUCCAAGCUAAUAUCUGACUACGCUAUCGACUUCACCAAUUUCCUAGUGCAACUGCCACCGGAGAAGAAGAUGGUGGAGGCACAAGACAUCUUUGCGCGCUACACCACUGAUAUAAUCGCCACUUGCGCGUAUGGCAUCAGUAUUAACUCUAUGCGGAAUCCAAAGAAUCUUUUCUACAUGUUUACAAAUGAUAAAACUUUUGUGAAAAAAUUCAGCAUCCUGAAUUUGACUAUAAACAGAUGCUUCCCGUGGCUAGCGCGGAUACUCAAAUUGAGGUUCGUUAACGAGAAGAUAAGAAAUUUUUUUCAGGAUCUCGUAGAAACUUCCAUCAAGACCAGAAUUCAGAACAAUAUAGUUCGACCGGAUAUGCUGCAACUGAUGAUGGAAAGCAGAGACCAGAAAGAAAACAGUAUAAAUUUAACGAUAGAGGAUAUGGCCAGCCAAGCCUUUGCUUUCUUCCUUGCUGGUUUCGACACUAGCUCAAUAUCAAUGUGUUUCAUCACGCAUGAGAUUGCAGGCAAUGAGAACAUACAGAAAAAAUUGCAGAGCGAGAUUGAUCAGGUGCUGGAAGAUACAAAUGGCCAAGUUUCAUAUGAAGCUAUCAACGACAUGGAGUACUUAAAUGCUGUACUGAUGGAAAGUCUGAGAAUGUACCCUCCUUUUGUUCUGAUUGACAGAAAAUGUGCGAGAGAUUUCGAGUUGCCGCCGACGUUAACAAACGCGAAACCCUUCAUAGUCAAAAAGGGACAAGACGUUUUGAUCCCGAUAUAUGGACUUCAUCAUGAUCCCAAAUAUUUCGAGGAGCCCGAGAAAUUCAAUCCCGACCGGUUUGUUGACGAGCAGAAGAAACAUAUUGACAAAACGGAGGCUUUUUUGCCGUUUGGUUUAGGCCCUAGGAAGUGCAUUGCUUAUCGAUUUGCCCUGAUGCAAGCAAAGUUGUUAUUAUUUCACCUACUGGCACGGUGUGACCUUUUGCCUUACGAGAAGACUCAAAUUCCGCUCAAGUUUGCCAAGCACAAUGUCAUUUUAAAAACUGAAGAUAAAUUAUGGCUGAAAGUGGAGCCGCGGAAGAACCCACAUCGCACCGUCGUCGUCAACAUUGUAAGCGGCACGCAUGAUCUAGAGGAGCAUCUUCAUGGAUUUGAAAACCUUGAAGAUUCGUGUAAAUGGUUCGAUGAACGCUGACAAUAAAUCUGAGACCAUACGUUUUAAAUGCGGAUAAAAAUUUAUGAUGGAAAACAAAAAAAAUGAUAAAGUUAAUAGUAACUAAAGAAAUUCACUUAUAAUAGUUAAUCCUCGAAGUCUUAAGUGGAAAUGCGCUUUUGGAAUGUGGUUUGCUGCAAUAAAUAGUCCUUCAGGUCUAUAUUUAGAAUCCUAAACGUUAGCAGAUACCUUUUAUUCUUUUUGUAAAUUAAAAAAAACAUUGAUGAAAACGUUGAUAUAUCAUCGGAUCGAAUAAGCGUUUGACAGAGUGAUGGAUUUCAAGAAAUGAAGGAAAAAAGAAAUAUGAAGAACUAUCUAUUGCAACAAGACUCAUUCGAAAAGCACAUUUCUGAUCAUAUUUCCUCCUCUAGUCAGUGAUAUUAGAAAAUUGCUUCAAUGUCAAGGUAUUAACUCUAAAAGGCCCGGAUUUGAUUUGUACUUCCCUAGAAGGACUGUAGGAGCCAAUUUGGCUCCAAGCAUACCGUAAGUAACAAAUAGAAAGAAACGAAACAUAUAAGUAAUUAUAAAAUUUAACGUUUUAACAAUAAUAUCACUAAUUUAUUGAACAAAAGUAACUGUUACUUAUAUUAUAUUGGAUUUUUGUUUAGUCUUUGGUAAAAGACUAAACGUGAAAUACAACGCCGUUAUGUAUUACAGGAAACAUUUGUACAUAAUUUCUUUGUAUAUUUACCGCACACAAAUUUUUUACACGAAUGACAUUUUCCAACUUUGUGGUUCCUUUUGCAGUUUUUUUAUUUGACGAAAUGGUCGUUUGCCUGAAGCAUCGUCGGAUUCAGUUUCUUCUCUGAUUGAAUCAAAAUUUUGAGACUUUCGACUUUGGGCAACAUAUGAGGCAACUUUACCGCCAAAUUUUGUAAAAAGAUUCUUCUUCAUAUUUUUUUACAUAUAACUUCCUUGUAUAUAAUCCAUGCAUUUAUCCAAAGUAAUUCAUGCAAAAUCCCAAAUAUUAUGAAAAAUAUGAACUGGCCAACGGCGAGAUGGUAUAUUUGCAUAUCUGUGUAUACAUAUGUAUGUAUAUAAUUGUUUCUCAAGCAAACAAGAAGAUAAAUACACAUAAAAAUAUUUACUUAUCUAAUUAAAGUCAUAAACCCGUAAAAUAUAUAAGAAUGCAAUAUCAGAUGUAAGGGAACCAAAUUGGCUCCAACGAUUCUUCUAGGUAGACAAUUAAAUAAAAAUUCAACCAUCUUAUAUAAAUGAAAAAUUUUUUUACCAAAAUUAAAAACAUGAAAAAUAAUGAAAAGUCACAAACGGAUAUCACAUGGAGGCAAUGUUGAAAAAAGUCACAGCUUGAAUUUCGUGACAAGCCAAAUUGGCUGUCUCGCUCUUUCUGGUGUUAAACUAUCUUAGACAUAACUGUGUAAAAAUGGUCAAUUUUGCAUGUUAUUGCAUUUUCAAAUGACGGGACAAAUUCCAAAGGAAGAUAAAGAGCUGUCUGAUCUGUAAUGAAAUAUAAUGAGAAGAUAAUAUUCGGCACUUACAAAUAUAUUGCUUCUUAAUUAUUUCUUAUUUCCUUACAUGUAUGCUAAUUGCGAAUAGGUUUAUAUCCGACACGUCAUUCGUUGGAAACAUAUAUUUCAUAUAAAAACACAAUUAUCAUUUAUCGUCAAGGAAGCAGAAGAAAAGACAAGAAGCGUAAAGACUGGAAAGUCGGUAUCAUCUUUCGUUACAACUGCCAAUUAGAAGUCAUCAUCGUGCUUAAUAUUUAACAAGAGCUAUGAUCACAUCCUGUGUAUUGUCAAGUGCGAACGGUCUUGCAUAAAAUGAACAUUGCAUCAAACAGAUAUCUUUUUCUGACUCCAAGAGUAUAUCUGUUAGAUUAAAUUAAUAUUACUAACACAAGCGAUAAUAUAAGAUUCUCUCAUUAUAAUCGAUAAUAUUGGUAUGACAAAUGUCUGUUAAGUAAUAUGUAGAUUCCGACAUGCAAGAUGUGCCAUAUUUUGAUAAAACUAAAAAUUCCGACAUGCAUAUAAAGGCGUUAAAUGUCAUCAAGAUUUCGAAUGAAUAAAAGAAUAAUAAACCAA